AUGCCACCCUCCCAAAGGAGACGCCGUGCAGUUGAGGAUGAGGACAUGGAAGAGGAUGCUCGUCCACGACAGCGUCAACACAGAGAAGCUUCAGAUGCUGAACAAGACGAAGAAGCGUCCGACGACGAAGCAGAAACGAAUGGUGCCUCCUCCAGUGUCGACGAACAGAUGGCCAAGAAGCUGGUUCGAUAUGCCAUCUCUUGCGAAUAUUCAAGAACGGCGAUACGGAGGGAUGGAAUCAAGGAGCGAGUUCUUGGAAAGCAGGGCCGUUCAUUCAGAAGAGUCUUUGCGCUGGCACAGACACAAUUGAGGACAAUCUGGGGCAUGGAGCUGCGCGAGCUGCCCGUUCGAGAGAAAACGACGCUGCAUGAAAAGAGACAAGCCAUGAAAUCAAACGCACAGCCGAAGUCCGGAUCAGGCGCCUACAUCCUAACUUCGACAUUACCGGAUGAAUUCCGAAGCGCCUCGAUCCUAGCGCCAUCCAAAGUCCCGAGCGCUGAGCAGGAAGCGACCUAUGCUGCGUUUUACACAAUGGUGGUGUCAUUCAUAUGGCUGAAUGGCGGAGAGCUCAGCGAGCAGAAGCUGCAGAGGUAUCUCACGAGGCUCAACGCCGAUCGGAUGGUGUCGAGAGAGCGAACAGAAGUCGUCCUCAAGCGGAUGGAGAAACAGGGGUACGUGAUGAAGAAGGUCGACCGGCCGCCGGUCGGCUACGAUGGCGACCAAACCAUCAGCUGGCACGUCGGCCCUCGAGCAAAAGAAGAAAUAGGAUUGGACGGCGUCAUGGGGCUGGUGCGCGAGGUCUACGGCCACCCCGAUGAUGAUUCCUUUGACAAGAAGCUCCGGUCGAGUCUCGGAAUUAAGAGUAGACCACUCGCGGAGGAGGAUCACGGUGAUGUUGGCAUGACGAACGGAAUGUAG